UGGUAUUUUCUAUCGGUGCCCACAUUAAACCACACCCAUGUUUGGCUGCUGUUCAUCUGCUCCUACUUGUUCCACAGACAUAAACGCGUCUGUGUCUAUAGAUCACACUGUUGGUCUGUAGAUUUCAGCUCAAGUCACUUGUCAGUCGUUUUCCAAUCGAGACGCAGUAUAUUCACAUAUGAAAUGAAUGAGGAGUGAGAUGGGGUCAUGUGAUGACUGAGUGAAGCAGAAUAAGGAAAUAAAUACCAGAGGUCUAGAGGUAAAUGUGGUGAUGCUGCAGGGGCAUGGCGGUUCCAUACGAGGGCCAGUCCUUCUCUGCGCUGAGGAGGCAGUGCCAGCAGAAUGGACGUCUGUUUGAAGACCCUCUGUUUCCUGCGUCGGACCAGUCUCUGUUCUACCAGAGCAACCGCAUCGGCCAGGUCACCUGGAAAAGGCCCAAGGAGUUAUGCAGCGACCCCCAUCUGUUUGUGGACGGCAUCAGUGCCCACGACCUGCACCAAGGCCAGCUGGGAAACUGCUGGUUCGUCGCCGCCUGCUCCAGUCUGGCGUUCAGAGAGGCGCUAUGGCAGAAGGUGAUCCCUGACUGGAAGGACCAGGAGUGGGACCAAGGAAAAACCGAGUCGUACUCCGGGAUCUUCCACUUCCGGUUCUGGCGGUUUGGAGAGUGGGUGGACGUGGUGAUCGAUGACCGGCUGCCCACAGUGAACGGAGAGCUUGUGUACUGUCACUCCAACGACAGUAGCGAGUUCUGGAGCGCGCUGGUGGAGAAGGCCUACGCCAAAACGUACGGAUGCUACGAGGCGCUGGAUGGGGGCAACACGGCCGAUGCUCUUGUGGAUUUCACCGGGGGGGUGUCGGAGCCGCUUGACUUGAUAGAGCAUGGAUUCAAAGAAGAUGAAGAGAAAUGCAACGAGCUGUUUGAGAGAGUCCUGAAGGUCCACGACAGAGGAGGCCUCAUCAGCUGCUCGAUCCGGGCAAUCAGUGCAGCGGACAUGGAAGCCAGGCUGGCCUGUGGACUGGUGAAGGGUCACGCCUAUGCGGUGACGGACGUCCGCAGGGUGAGGCUGGGUCACGGUCUUUUGGCCUAUUUCAGGUCAGACAAACUCAACAUGAUCCGCAUGAGGAACCCCUGGGGACAAAAAGAGUGGAACGGGCCCUGGAGCGACAGCUCUGAAGAGUGGAAGAAGGUCAGUAAGAGUGAGCGGGAGAGAAUCGGCGUCACUGUGCAGGAUGAUGGCGAGUUCUGGAUGAAUUUUGACGAUUUCAUCGCUAACUUCACAGACAUCAUCCUUUGUCGUCUCAUCAACACAUCCUACCUGAGUUUACACAAGACAUGGGAUGAAGCUGUGAUGAGCGGCUCCUGGCAACGCCACGACGACCCCCUUCUCAACCGGGCCGGGGGCUGCACCAACAACAAGCUCUCCUUCCUCCAAAACCCACAGUACGUGUUUGAUGUGAAGAAGCCAGAGGACGAGGUGCUGAUCUGUCUGCAGCAGAAAGACCGCCGAGCCAGACUGAGAGAGGGAAGAGGAGAAAACUUGGCUAUUGGUUUCGACAUACACAGAGUGGAGCUGAACAGGACGUAUCGUAUGCACGUCACACAGCAGAAGGUUGGCGGGAGCGUCUACAUCAACUCAAGGUCUGUGUUCCUACGCAUCGACCUUAAAGAGGGACGCUACGUCAUCAUACCCACAACCUUUGACCCUGGCCUAGAGGCAGACUUCCUGCUCCGCAACUUCUCUGACGUCUCCGCGGACUGCAAGGAGUUGACUCAACAUGAGCCUCCACAGACGUGCUGGUCUGGGUUGUGUGGUUAUCCCUCACUGGUCACUCAGGUCCACAUACUGAAUGCGAACGGACUUGCGGGUCAAGACUCUGAUGGAGUGUCAGACCCCUACGUCAUCAUUCGCUGCGAAGGAGAAAAAGUUCGCUCUCCAGUCCAUAAGAACACGCGCAGCCCUGUCUUCGACAUCAAGGGGCUGUUCUACAGGAAGAAAGCCAACAACCCAAUCAGCAUUGAGCUCUACAACCACAACGCGUUGAUGGACUCCUUCCUGGGUCAGGUGACGCUGCCAGCUGAGCAAGGUGAAUUCCAACAGACGCUCCACCUGAGGGACAAGGGCAAUCGCCGUGACAACGACCUCCCUGGUACCCUAACUGUCGCCGUAGUGACCAGCACUGUGCUCACCAACAUCUAAGACAGGCCCCCAAACUAAUUCAGCCUUCAGAAACGUUAUCAAAUUACCAGUUUACAACAUUCUUGCCUGUAAGGGUAAAUAUGACAGAAGGUUUGCUUUUUGGAAGAAUUUUUACUCAAUAUAAAAAUACACCUCCAGCAGAAGGUCCAUAGGGACCAUCAGAGGAAGUGAUUACAAAUAAAAGCUUUUUUAGCUUCAUGCCCAAAAAUGUGUGUUUACAACAUUAUUUACAGCCCCUGUUUCUCUUGAUAUCAUGAAAACAUGAAUUAGCUAAUGAUUUUUAUAGUUUAUAAACAUUGUUUACACUUCUUUAAGUCCUUUUCUUCUGAUUGAAUUGCAUGUUAUGGUCUUCAGCAGCUGUUUAAUCUGUCUUAUUCUAUUAGAUAUUUUUAACCAUUUAUAUUUUUAAACUUCUAUUUCCCACUCUGAAUCAUAUUUAUGUAUUUUUAUAUUGUCUCUAUAUUCUUUCUUUUCUAUCUUGUCUAGUCUUAUUUUAUGUUGACAAAAGCCAUAUCCUGCUCAGUAGCAGUGCAGGAAUCACCCGUUGUGGCAUUAGCUCAAUUAAAUGCACUCCGUUGGCAGUUAAUUAGCAACUAGCUAAACCUAAUUCAGUCUAAUACAUAAUGCACUUUUUGUGUUGAAACUGUUUUAGGGAGGUGAUUUCAACUUCUUGGUCAUUUGGAGUCUGCUUUUGGGAUUAUGUUGAAGUGUAUUACGUCUUACAUAGAGGUGUUUCUGUCAUGUAGCUUACGCUCACUGGUAUAAAUGAGGUGGACAAAAUAAUAAGAACAUCUGUCAUGGAGAAGUUUUUUUCUUCAGACUCUAGACAACCACUGUACCACUGCUCCAGACCACUGAUGUUAUGUGAAAAUUGAAAUAAACAGGUUCUUUUAAACUG